AUGAACAAUUGCAUAUCAGCUGCCGCAACAUGGCUGAAGUCAAAGUUUAUCAAUGCUCCAAAUGAUUGGUUAGAAGCUUGUGUGGAAUGGAUUGGUGAAGAGAAUCAGGGAAGUUUACAAUCACAACAACAGGUUAAUGAAUUGGUAUUUGAACAAUGGUUGUUAUCAGACUUACAUGAACUAGGUACACAAUGCCUGCCAGAACAGCUCAAGAAUUCUGACAAAUUUCAGCUUAAUGGAAAGUUUGCUUUACAGAUUGAUUCUAUGGUUGACAUUAGUCAAUCUUGUUAUAGUCAGCUGCAGAGAGUUACAGGGACAGAUAAUGCCAAUGUAGAUGUUUCAGCUGAUACACACAAACCUUGGGAACCAAAAGCUAAGAGAAUGUUAAUGUUAAAGUUGACAGAUGGUACCUUUGAUGUACAAGGAAUGGAGUAUGAACCUAUACCAUGUCUGGAUUAUAAACUGCACCCUGGUUGUAAGAUUCUAGUAACAGGAAAAAUACUAUGUCGACAUGGGCUAUUAAUGUUGAAAGAAGAAAAUAUAUCAGUUUUAGGAGGGGAAGUUGAUACUUUAAUGGAAUCUAACACACCUAAAAACAUCCUAAAGUUGACUUUAGAAAACAAUAUUUCAAAUGCUGAUAAACAGUACAGACAGGAAUUUGAAGGAGGACCUACAAUUAAUACAAAGUCUGAUAUUAAACCUGUGGUUCAGAUAACUAGAAAUAAUAAAAAUGGAAUGAGGGGUGCAGUAUCAAUUAGCGAAAAGAAAACCCAUUCUGAAAUAUUAAAGCAAGAAGAAAUGUCUGGCAUUGAUGAGUUUGAUGAAGACUUGCCACUUAGUGUUUUUUUAGAUGAUGACAUGGAUGUUUUUACAGACACCUUAUCUUUGAAUUUUAAUAAUUCCUCAGCUACAACCUUACCUUCUCAAUCUCAGCAUAGCAGUUGUGUGAACACUUGUCCAGGAAAAUUCACUAAAGUAUCAAAUGUCAAUCGUAAUAAUAUUACAUGUUUAGAUUCAAAUAUAAAAAAUCAAUUUCCUCAUCAAGACAAAAGUGUACAACAGAGUUCACUCAGACAAAUAACUUCAGAUAAAUAUGAGGAUGUAAACAACAUGACCUUUGUGGAUGAAGACUUUGAUGAUGACUUCGACAUGUCAGAUUUCUCUAAUUCAAGGACCAAAUUAGAUACUGAUUUAAGUACAAAGGAAAAAUUACAAGUUGGUAUCACAAAGAAGAGGCAGUUGAUAUCACCGGUAGAAAACCAAAAUUGCAAAAGGAGGUCAUAUAUGUCAAAUUCAGAUGUAGGGGCGUAUAUAAAACCUGAUUUAUCAGAAUCAGAUCAGUGGAAAGGAUCACAUCAAAACCCUGACCUGAACAUUAAAUUAGAAGAUGCAAUUGUCAGUGGUACAUCUGAUGUAAAUAUUGAUAUGAACAUGGAAGUAGCUUCCUCACUUGAAAACAACAGGGAAAGACCUUUAUCACAGGAAGUUAAUUUGAACUAUGAUCCAUGGACGUAUUUGAGUGUUGUCAAGAAAUAUUUACAAACACAGCAACUUAUCAGUUUUAAGGUCAAGGCUUAUAUAUCAACAUUAAUUGGAAAACUUGAAUGUGCUGAUUUCAAAAGAUGGUGUUUACCUGUCAAGAUAAAUGAUGGAACUGCCAGCAUGGAUGUUGAUCUUUCUAACAAGGUUUUAACAGAACUCAUUGGAUUUUCUGCAGCAGAAAGCCAGGUAAUGCGAAGAAUGGCAAAAACAGAUUGUCAUGUGAAGGAAAGAUUAACACAGGGAAUCAAAAUUUGUCAACAGAAGUUGGUAGAAUUACUUUGUAUAAUGGAGAUUGAAAUAUCACCACAUGUAGCCAAACCAGAAGUUAUCUCCUUAAAAGAAAUAACAACUACAGAUGUAUCAGUGUUAGCAGAUAGACUUCACAAUACAGGGAGGAAAAUACAGUCAUGUUUAUCUAAUUGACAGAAUAUUAAUAUAUGAUUAUGUCAGUCAAUAUUUUCUCUAUUGGGGUCUGAAAAGUUUUCAAUGUGAAGAAUUAUUUUGGACAUCUGUUAAAAUGUUUAAACCUGCUGCAUUUGUAUGCACCUGUCCUAAGUGAUCAGGAGCCUGUUCAUCAUUGUGUUCAUUGGUUGUCGUCUGUUGAUGCGGUUCAUAAAUGUUUCUCGUUUUUUAUAUAGAUUAAACCGUUGGUUUUCCUGUUUGAAUUGUUUUACUCUAGUCAUUUUGGGGCCUUUUAUGGCUUGCUGUUUGGUGUGAGCCAAGGCUCCGUGUUGAAGGCCGUACUUUGACCUAUAAUUGUUUACUUUUUACACAUUGUGACUUAUAUGGAGAGUUGUCUCAUUGGCACUCAUACCACAUCUUCUUAUUUCUAUAUAUGAGUGGAAAAUCUAGUGGCCAAAAAAUACCUCCCCUGCAAACACUGAUAAACAGAACUCUCCAAUGUUUAGAAUGUCCUCCCUGAUGAUGCUACUGAUUUUAAGUUCCGAAGAAAAUGUUUUGUUAAAUAGUUUUAAUGAAAAAAAUGAGUUACCACCAAUAAGGCCAGGGUUUUAUAUUUUGUUGGUUCACAUUUUUUUAAUGUCAAAAAGUCUGGUCAGUUGGUUUGGGGAAAAAAAUAUCUUACAAGACAUAAUUAUGUAAAGUGUAGUCAUUUCAAAGAGAUUUCUGGUAGUCGUUGAUCCUAUAGUUUUACAUAUAAUACUGACAUGGUUCGCAAUGGCAAAAUAGUUUAAUAUCCAAAAUAAGACAGUAUAUAGGCAAAUACUCCAAAACCUGUCUUUUUACAUUUAACAGAAAGUUAGUGCAAAAUUACAAAAUUUGAUAGUAAUCAACUGUAAUUAAUUGACUUUUUUCUAUGAAUUUAUUUGUUUUAAUAAUAAAUAAACUUUCUUAUCUCUAAA